AUGCUCCACAUGUCGCGAGCAGAUCACGAGGUUUCCGAAGGGUAUCAUUUGGAGAGCGUCCUGGUGGUCCCCAGCGUCACAGACGACUUCAAGACGGGCACUAUGCAGGUCAUCAGGCUCACUACCCUGAUGAUGUCUCUGCAGUCGGUGGUACUGGAAUGUAUCAAAAAGCAGGCAGGAGAUUUCCUGGUUGGUUUGGUUAUCCUGUGGCCCUGCGCAUUUGGCGUGGUGGGCAUUAUGCGUACUCUGCGGACCAUGUGCCAGCAGCAGCUGGCAAACGCUGCGCUUUGCCAUGGCAUUAGUCUGGAGCAUGCAAGCGCACCACGCACGGAGGAUGCCGUGGUGUUGGCCGGCACCGCGGUUUUAGUGGUGUGCACGGCAAUUGCCCUGGCAGCAUUGGGUUUUGUGAAGCUCUUCCUGCUCCUGGUCACUUCCUUUGCAGGCCCAGCCCUCAGCAUCUUUGGCGAACUGCAGAAAGCCAAGCUGCAGGAUGAGGCCAUGCAACAGAUGGAAGGAAAACAUCGAAUGCGCGGCCUCCUUCAAGUGUUUUCUCGCAGGGCUAAGGACUCUGAAGGCCUUCAGCCCGCAGGACCUUCCGUGACACUCUCGGAAGGCACUUUGGCCAUCGUCUCUUUGUCAAGGCUCUUGGAUGCAGGCAGGAGUGGGAGGCCCGUGCUGGCAGCCUUACAGGCUGCGCCAGGCGCAGACGUCACCAACCAGGCUGCUUCGCUGCGGCUCUGGCGCGACUUGCCCUGGCAGGGCAGGGCUCUCUUCGAGCUCACGGGCUCACGUCUGGGCUUGCUGACCUUUCCGCUGCUGAUCUCGGCCGUCUUCGUGCUUCUAGCGGAUAUCGAGCUGGACAGGAGCAUCAAGGAAGUGAUGAUCGUGGCCACAGCAAAGGCAUCCAACACAAAGUCUGUAGCCAUUGACCAGCGGGCUGUGGUACAGGAGGAGGAGGAGGCUGACGCCGCCAUGAAGAUGGUUCAGCUCAUGAGACCUCUGCCUCAGCAUGCUCAAGUUCUUGUCCAAGGACUUCGCACAAGUACUGCCAGCUAUGACGUGCAGUUCUCCCCAGUGGCCACUUUUCCGAUCAGUGUUCGGAUUAUGUCAGAGGGCUUCGACCGCU